AGCGUCGUGUUACCUUUCACCUCCCCGACGGCUCCCAGGAAAGCUGCAGUGACAGUGGUCUGGGAGACCACGAGCCGGUGGGUAGUGGAACCCUGAUCUCACAUCCUCUUCCUCUGGUUCAGCCACAGGACGAAUUCUACGACCAGGCCUCUCCGGACAAGAGGACCGAAGCAGAUGGCAACUCUGACCCCAACUCUGAUGGACCUCUGGGUCCUCGAGGAUUAGCUGAAGCUACAGAGAUGUGCACUCAAGAGUGCUUGGUCUUGGGUCACUCUGAUAAUUGCUGGAUGCCUCCUGGCUUGGGUCCAUAUCAACACCCAAAAUCUCCUCUCUCAACCUUUGCACCCCAGAAAGAAUGGGUCAAGAAAGACAAGCUUGUGAAUGGGCACACCCUGACAAGAGCCUGGAAAGAAGACAGCAGCAGGAACCACUUCAAUGACCGUAAGCAGUAUGGCAGCAAUGAAGGCCAUUUCAACAAUGGCAGCCACAUGACAGACAUUCCUCUGGCAAAUCUGAAGUCAUAUAAGCAAGCAGGAGGUGCUAUUGAGAGUCCUAAGGAGCACCAACUCUAAGAUAAGGCUAUGUGGGACCUAAUAAUUUUAAAUAGACAUGCUAAUAUCAUGUGUGUCAGAGCUUUAUGUAUUCAAUAGAUCUCUACAACUAUGCCCCUUAUAGCAGGGAUAUCCAUAACUUUGUGUUAGCACCAUGGAGGAUUCACUAUUUUGCAACAUAAAAAAGAAGAUAGUUCUACUAGCCAUGUGAUCUUGUUUACUAGAAUUGAGUAAACUCUCCAGAGAUCUCUCCAUUGUGCAAUUUAUUUUUAUUAUUGCAUUUUCUUUUGACCCUGGACUGCUGCUAUGAAUAAUAGAAUAUGCAUUUGGAGAGUAAGAAAGUUCCAUGGAUUAGAAUGACUGACAAACAUAUCCAGUUAGAAAAUUGUGCUCUUUUUGUCAAUGACUUAUGCUGGGACCGCUAUACUUGACAUUAUAUCUCAAACAAAACUUAAAAAGAUAAGCAUUAAACCUAUUGUGCUGUUAACAACAUUAGUGGACACUUGUAAGUCAAUCAGUGUUAAAGUAUUUGUAAAUAUAAGCAAAUUAUUAUUAACAACCUUUGUGUACUUAUAGCAUUCACCUAAAAUGUUGUAGCAUAAUUCUGUAUUUAUGAUUACUUCUUUCCUUUAUUUCAAUUUACCUCUUUGUUCUUAUUUUUCUUGUUUCCUUUAGUGAGGUGUUUCUGCGUUAGUUGUCUGUCUUGACACACAUUGUUCAAGGGAUCUUAAACACUUGUGUUUAAAAAGGGUUCUGAAAUCUUAUAUGAUAACUUAUGGUGUUGGAAUUCCAUAAAAAAGUAAAGAUGAAAGAAAAAUGAAAACUUUAUAUGAAGAAAAAGAAAACUGCAAAUGCUUGGAAAUUCAGAACCUAUUUUUUCAUAUCCUUAUUUUUAAAGUAGGUAAAAGCAAAAAUCACUUAAUUAGUACCAUUAAGUGAUAAUGGAAAAGUAUUAUCCAUCAAAAGUGAUAUAAUAUCCUGUACUUGUCACUCAUGCAAAACUAAUGUAUCAAAAUUAGCAAAUAUUAAAGAAAAAUCAAUAUUCAAAAAUAGCUUCAAUUGGGCAAAUGUGUGUCUACAACUUUGUUGAAAUGGCAGAGUUUGUGUUGAUCCUCAUAUGCAAUACUGUUGUAACACAAGUGUUAUUAGACCAUAGCCACAAAAUAUUUAAUGUGUUGUGCCUUCAUGAUGUAACAGAACAUUCUCCAGGUAGGGUAGUUGGGGGAAAUAAAGGGAUAAAUUUCUAAUUAUUGCUGUUUAACUGUUUGUUAUCAUAGUUGGUCAAUGCCUGGCAGGUACCAGCAUUUUGUCACUUAGGUCAAACCAACAGAGUGACAGCUAAUGUUAAUAAGAUCUCAGUUGCACGUGCAAACGAAUCCAAAUUUGAACAUUCUUAGGAGGUUUUUGUUAAGGCAUGACAGAUGAUUUAAACAAAUAAAUAGCAUGCAACAAAAUGUCUUUAUUGAAAGAAGUGAAAGUUAUCUUAAUGCCACGAUUCACCAUCACUUUAAAA